CAAAGGUUAUAAAAAAUAACCUACAGAAAUCGUUCGGGGAAGAUUCUCUUUGGGUUAUUAUUAUAAAUAUAACCUACAGGGAACGUUUCCAGAACGUUCUUAUUUGGUUUCCAAAAAAUAACCAAAUGGGAAACAUAUGGGAACUUUAGGGGAACGUUCUGUGUUUGCUGGGUUGGUAGCAUCCAAGGGUGCGGCUCCGGAGCAGCAACAAAGAAACACAACUGAGAGAAUUUAAGUAUUUAAUUUGUUACAUUUAAGUAUUUUACAGCAAAAUGAUGACCAUGUUCGUGUUUGCAUUAUUUGUGUGCGGUGUGUUUGGUGAGUUUGUGUCAGUGAUGGAGGGAGAUUCUGUCACUUUAUCUGUCAGUCUCAGUGAAACACAAAGAAAAGAGGGAAUCUCCUGGAAGUUUGGACCUCAUGAAAUCACCAUAGCGGAAAUCGAGGUUGGUGACAAUAACAUGCGUUUAUAUGACAAUAGAGUUGAUGGGAGAUUCAAAGGCAGACUGAAGCUGGAUCACAGUGGAUCUCUCACAAUCACAAACAUCAGAACCACAGACUCUGGACUUUAUCAACUAAUCAACACCAACACAAACAACCAACUCAAUAUAUUCAAUCUUGGUGUGUCUGGUAGUAAGUUUGUGUCAGUGAUGGAGGGAGAUUCUGUCACUUUAUCUGUCAGUCUCACUGAAACACAAAGAAAAGAGGGAAUCUCCUGGAAGUUUGGACCUCAGAAAAUCACCAUAGCUGAAAUUGAAGUUGGUGACAAUAACAUGCGUUUAUAUGAAGAUAGAGCUGAUGGGAGAUUUAAAGGCAGACUGAAGCUGGAUCACAGUGGAUCUCUCACCAUCACAAACAUCAGAACCACAGACUCUGGACUUUAUAAAGUGUCCCAAACCAGCACAGACAACCAACUCAAUGUAUUCAAUCUUACUGUUUAUGGUGUGUUUGGUAUUGAGUUUGUGUCAGUGACUGAAGGAGAUCCAGUCACUUUAUCUGUCAGUCUCACUGAAACACAGAGAGAGGACAGAAUCACCUGGAAGUUUGCACCUCAAGAAAUUAACGCAGCAGAAAUUAUCAUAGCUGAAACAGAAGAUAAAGGAAAUACUGUCACUUUACAUGAAGAUAGAGCUGAUGGAAGAUUCAGAGACAGACUGAAGUUAAACACACACACUGGAUCUCUGACCAUCACAAACACCAACAUCACACACACUGGACUUUAUCAAGUGAACACCAUCCGCACAAAUACCCAACUCAAAACAAUCAAUCUUACUGUCUAUGGUGUGUCUGGUAGUCAGUUUGUGUCAGUGAUGGAGGGAGAUUCUGUCACUUUAUCUGUCAGUCUCACUGAAACACAAAGAAAAGAGGGAAUCACCUGGAAGUUUGGACCUAAUAAAACUUCUAUAGCUAAAAUGAAAGACUAUAAAACUACUGUAUAUUAUGAUGAUAGACUUGAUGGAAGAUUCAAAAACAGACUCCAUCUAAACAAUCAGACUGGAUCUCUCACCAUCAUAAACACCAACAUCACACACACUGGACUUUAUCAUUUAACCACCAUGAGUCAAGAUGAACCACUCAACAUAUUUAACAUCACUGUCUAUGAUUCAACAAGAAAUGAACCAGCGGCUGGGGAUCCUCUGUUGAGUGUUUGAUGAGGUGAUAGAUAGUCAACAUCAUGAGUGAUUCAUUAUCAACAUCUACAGUAACAAAUCUGUUUUACUGCGUUCAUGAUCACUUCUGUUAAAAUAAGAAAUUAACCCUUUGUGUGCUGUCGAGCUCAAGUGAUGAAACCUUUUUAAGGUUUAUGAUGAUAAGAAAACCAACUUUCAUUUAUUUGCCAUCCACAUUGAUCUAUGAUCAGAAUCUCUUUAUUUUUUUACAUUUAUAUUUCAUAUCUGUUACUCACCUCACAUCAUAUUAAGAGUUUGACUCUGAUAUCUUUGAUAUUGUGUGAUUAUAGACAGUAUUACUUUAAUAUCA